CCUGAUCUUUUGUUUUCUUUGAGUUACUGGUCUGAUGUUUGAGAGCCUCUGAGAGAGCACAUUCUCAUAUAAGUAGCUAUAUCUAUCACAAUCUGUUGAUGGAGCAAGGGGGGUUCAUAUUUUGUGAACUAAAAUAGGGUGAAUAUUCAGUGAGUGAGAGAUCAAGAGAAAUUGAUAAAGAGAGAUCAUGGAAGCUAAAAUAUUCAUUCCAAGUAAUGCUUUAGCAUUGCUUCUUGCUUUUCUUCUAUGCAUAUCCUUAGCAGAUGCCACCACCACCAAGAAUUCUAGCGAAACCUACACAAAUUACCUGAAAAAAGCUUGCAAUUCUACCUUAUAUCCACAACUUUGCUUCGAGUCCCUCUCUUCUUACACCUCCACCAUCAAAACCAAUGACCUCAAACUAAGCACCAAAGCGCUCACUGUGACCCUCAAAGCUGCAAGCAACACAUCAAAACUAGUAACAAGUUUAUCAAAGGGAGGGAACUUAAGCAUGACAGAAGCUGGUAUUAUUAAAGAUUGCAUUGAUGAAAUGGGAGACUCCAUCGAUAUGUUGAAGCAGUCUUUGAAGGCUUUAGGCAGCCUAAAUGGUUCUGAUGAUCAUAUUCAAUUUCAGAUUUCUAACAUAAAAACAUGGAUGAGUGCUGCGUUAACGGAUGAAACUACCUGCACAGAUGGAAUUGCUGAGAGGAAGAUAAGUGAUGAAGCGAUGAGAAAGAUCAGGAAGACUAUAGUGCAUAUUGCCAUGCUGACUAGCAAUGCUUUGGCUCUUCUUAAUAAACUUCCUUACUAGUUUUUUUUUUUUUUGAACAAUUUGUCUGCAAGCACUUCAUUUCUGAUGAACUGUUAUAUCCAAAAAGUUUCUUAUAUAAUAAUCCUGAAUAUUAAGGCUAAUUAAUUUGUAAUUUAGUCUCGAAUAAAGGAUUAUGAACAUGAAAAUUAUUUAUAAAAAAAAAUUGUCAUCAGGCCCAGAACUACAUGUGAGGACAGCAACAGUUGCAAAAGAAGCCAAGGGCAAGCAAGCUCAUGUUCAAAUUAAUCAGAAGCAAUCGACAAUUCCUACACUGAUACGGCAGCUGGAUUUAUUGAAUUGUUGUUUUGUGGUUGAUCAAAUGUUGUUGUCUUGUCUUUGAGAGGUUGCUGUGUAGUAAUAAUUAGUA